AUGGAGACUAAAAGCGAGAUAUUCUCUCAAAGGUUAAUAAAAGCAGUAUUAUGGAAUAUAUGUCUGCAAACGGCACUUGCCAUCUUACUAGUUUUCAUCAUUCAAGUGGAUCUGAUACAUCCCUUAACAUGGAUUUCGUCGACUUUCAAUGAUAUCGCAAGCUGGAAGAUGAGUCUCAACAUCGUUCUUUUAGGACUCGUUUCAUUUUUCCAAGCCUAUAUCUACGGCAGCUACUAUUCAAUGCCAAUACCAAAGUAUUUUUCGAGAUUUUCGAUGUUUCUGAAUCUUUUCUCUGUUCAAAAUAUCGUAUUCAGUACACUAUAUGCUCUUAAUGGGUAUUUUACUAUGUCUUUAUAUUCUUCAUUGGCCAAAAGCAACUACAAUGUACUUAAGAAAAAAUGCGAAAAUUAUGAUGGUCAAUGUUUAUCAGAACAGAGUUUAUUUUUGCAAUUUGCGGGUAUGUGGAUGGGAUUGUAUUAUUUCACUAGCGCUCAUUUAUUUGGUGCAGCAGUUCUAACAUUUCCACACAUCUAUCAAGAGAAGUUUCAACAAAUUAAGUUAGUUAUUAGUAAUAUUAUAUCAAUGGGAUUCCAGCAUUCAGUAACUCCAGUGUUGUAUUACUGCAUUUUCUAUUAUGUGUGGGGCAACAAGCCAAGAAGUGUUGUCUCAGAUGUGUACAGUUUAUAUUUAGAAGAUCCUCCAUUGGACAACAUUAUUAAUUUAAUAAGCUCAGGAAUUUGGAUAGGACUUUGGUUCUAUACAAGCUUAUUCUUUGUAUCAAUCUACACUAUGAAAACAGUUUUUAAUAUAGUGUUGACAGAACCAAUGAAGUUUCCUAUAGAAUCUGAGAAACAGAUGACACUAUAUGAUGCGUUAUCACAGAGGUCGCAGUUCACUGGUUAUUUGGGUGCUAUUGACUUGAAACAUUUGUCAAUGGUAGACCCCGUUAGAAGAUCACAAAUUUUUACUCUAUCACAACCUGGUGGGCACCCGAGAAACUGGAAUAACUUGCUGGAGAAAUGCCUCCUUAUUAUAAAGGAAUUCAACAAAGAGUUGGAUAGCGUGAAUGGUGACACAAAUUCAGUGGAUGACAUACAUCAUAGAAAAGGAUUGAGUAAAGUCCCACUCACACCUCCCUCUUCUUAUUCCGGAGCUUUAAGAAACAUGGCUCAAUCACCCAAUUUGUUAGAACUAAAGGAACAUAAAAGUUAUAAGCUCGAGACCACUUUUGCUGCAACCGCUAAAGAAGAAUUCAACAAUUUCCUUCAGAAGCUAUGUCAGAAACCCGGGAUAAACUACUUUUUUGGAGAAAUGGUGAAUACAAAAUUGAAAUUUAUUUUCAUUCAAGCUCAACCAGUGAUGUGGACUUGUGAGGGGCUUUCUUAUAUUGUGUCGGCUUCAUUGAAGGAAGAUAAAUAUGGUAUAGUCCAGAAUGAUCUACCCCUUGUACUUUCUACUUUAGUUAAUCUUAAACAAAACCUAGAUAAGUUGUCGAAGCCCGGAAUUGUGCCAAGAAAGCAUAUUCUGAAUGAUGUGUUAGCCAUUAAAAUAAGAUCUGCCCUUUUGUCUUCAGUCAAAAGAAGUCUUUAUAGAAUUGUAAUAACAUUUUCUAAGUUUAUUCAUGAGAUACCACUAGAUCCUGAUGUUCAAAUUGCUUUACAGCCAUUUUUAAUUUGUAAGGAAGCAUAA